AGGGCGCAGUCCCACUGGCCGCCAGCAGGGUGUGCCUGCACCUGCGCUGGCAGGUGUGGACCUGGCCGCACACCUGUGCGGAGCCCGCCUUCAGCCCUCCCAGUUCCAGAAUGGCAGCCUCCCAGCUGCCCCAGCCACUUCUGCUGCUGGCUCUGGUGCUGCUGUCUGGGAAUUUCUCUUCACUGCUGCAUGUAAAGACUCAACUGACCAGAGCCCAUAGGUCAGGGGAAAACUACUCGAACCCCCACAACUCUUUAAAUUCAGAGACAUCGCCCCUCCCCCAACCCAACCCCAGCACCAACCCCCCCAAUUCAGGACUGGUGUCUGCCUCCUCACAACCCACUCACCCAAGUCCUGUCUCCUCUGGUUCAGAGCUUACCCCUACCUCCCACUCCAGCCCCCCAAGUUCCUCCACCCUGACCCUGCCUUGGAGCCCCACUUCUCCCAGCCCCAGAACAGAGCCCUCCUCCGUGCCCUCAGCCACCAGUGAUGAGACCUCUGUGACCACCGGCCCUGGGAGCUGUGAACUGAACGUCAUCUUCGGCCCAUUGCCCACCGGAGUGAUCUCUAUGGGGCUGAGAGAGAACGGGGCUUGGAUGGGGCAGGAGCACCUGUGGAGGGGCUAUGCUUGCCAGAAUAAAGCCCGUACCAUUCCUCUGUGGCCUCCCGAGUCAUGGGCUUCUGUGACAAACGUUUCUGGGUGUCUACUUUGUGCUGGCGUCAUAUUGGGGACCAUUUCUCCACCCUCAUGGGGCCCACAGUCUCAAAGGUGGGGAUGGACAAUAGCCAGGGGAUCAAAUGACAUCAUUUUGGGUGGAACGGAGGGUCAUGGAGUCACAGAUUGGGGCUGUGGCCAAAUCCCAAGGGCCCACGUGUCCAGGUUUUCUGAGAGGGCAGGGAGGUCUCUCUGGGAAGGUGAUAUUUGAACCAAGACCUCAAAG